AUGGCACCUAACGUAGAAGUUAAAGUAGAUGAACCAAGAAAAACAAUAUCUGAAACAUUUGAUCGUGGGAUUCGGGCUGUUUUAUUAGGUCCACCAGGAUCUGGUAAAGGAACACAAGCUCCAAAAAUUUCUGAGAAAUUUCAUUCAUGCCAUCUUGCUACAGGAGAUUUACUUCGUGCUGAAGUAUCAAGUGGAAGCGAAUUUGGAAAAAAAUUAAAGACAACUAUGGAUGCUGGACAAUUAGUUUCUGAUGAAGUUGUUAUUGAUCUUAUUGAAAAAAAUCUUCAAAGGCCUGAUUGUCAAAGAGGUUUCAUUCUUGAUGGUUUUCCAAGAACUACAGUUCAAGCUGAAAAACUUGAUGUUAUGUUAGAAAAAAGAAAAACACCUUUAGAUUCUGUUAUUGAAUUUGUCAUUAAUGAUGAAUUAUUAGUUUCCAGAAUUUUAGGACGUCUCUUUCACCCAUCAUCUGGACGUUCCUAUCAUACAGAGUUCAAUCCACCAAAAGUACCAAUGAAAGAUGACAUUACUGGAGAGCCUUUGAUAAGGAGAUCUGAUGAUACUGAAGAAGCACUUCGUAAACGUUUGGUUAGUUAUCAUAAAUCAACCAAACCACUUGUUGAUUAUUACCAAGCUAAAGGAAUACAUUAUGGAUUUGAUGCAUCAAGACCUAUUUCUGAAGUUGCGGCAAAAAUUGAUGCUUUGUGCAGCAAAUUUUGUCAAAAGAAAUCUUCUCUCUAG